AUGCGCCUAGCAACAGCCUUGCACGUUGCCGCUGCUACUGCUGCUGCUGCAGCAGCAAUGGCGGUAGCAGCAUCAAACGAUCCUGCUGCACCCCCUCCCUUCAACGCAAGCUCAGCUGGCGAUAUACCUGAGCAGCAGCGGCAGCAAGACGCAGCAGUAGCAGAUGCAGCGAAAGUGGCAGCAGCAGCAGCAACAGAAGCAACCUCAGCAGCAGAGGCAGCAGCAGAGGCAGCAGGUUUCCAUCCAGAGCAUCUGUGGAGCCCAGUGAGACACUCGGCAGAGGAUAACAGCAACAGCAAUACGGGCAGCAGCAGCAGCAGCAGCAGCAAUGGGCCUAGCACCACUUCUGCAGCAGAAGAUGAAGCAGAAGCAGCAGCAGCAACAGCAGCAGAAAUAGAAGCAGCAACAGCUGAGCUGCAGCGGCGCAUCAGCAGCUGCGGGGACUUCCACCUGGACCCCCAGGGCUGCAGCUCCCUGGGGCGCUGCCGCCACUACCCGCUGCAGCAGCAGCAGCAGCAGCAGCAAGGACUGUGCCUGCUUGAAGAGGAGUAUCUGCAGCAGCUAGCUGAUAGCCAGUGCGCGUUGGAGCCAAAGUCGACUUUAUUCGCCGUAGCAAGAGACUUGCAGGCGCUGGGGGCCUUGGGAGUAGACAUAUCAGUGCUUCACCACGCCCGCAGCAGCAGCAGCAGCAGCAGGCAGCAACUGUGUCGGCUGGUGAUCCAUGCUGCUGCCGCUUCUGCUGCAACAGCUGCUGCUGUGGUUUCUUUGCUGGAAGCAGCAGCAAAGCAGAAGCAGCAGAAAGAAGGCUCCAUGCUGCAGCAGCACCACCAUCACGUCCCCUGGCGGCAGCAGCAAGAGCAGCAGCAGCAGCUGCUGCUGCUGCAGCAGCAGCCCUGGAAAUCCCUCCGCCGCUGGGAAAAGCUCCGCCGUAUACUUUCUUCCUGA